CUUUUCUGGGGCCAGUUACAAAUGGGUCGGAUAAUAUUAGGUAAAGCGAAAAAAAUGACUGAAUCGUAAAGUGUUUUUGUAAAAUAAAACCAAAUUAAAAUGCGCUGUUGUGCACCGAAUUGUAAAAAUGAUACCAGACAAUUGACGAAAUCCCAGGGUAUAACAUUUCAUGUAAUUCCUGCUGAACAGACUAUCCGUGCGUCCUGGCUGAAAGCACUUGGUAAAGAAACCUGGGUAGCAAAAGAGAGGAGUGCUGUAUGCUCUGAGCAUUUCAGUUGUGAUGAUUUGUAUGAAACUAGGGGUGGAUUACGGAAAAUAAAACCGGGAGCUGUGCCUGUGAUUAAGGACGCUCCUGUGGAAGAAAUGCAGAAUUUAAAGGUGUGCAGAAUAUGUUUGGCAAUGGAUAGGAGAUUGUAUUCGAUUCAUACAUACCAAUUAGAUCAAGCAUAUGAAUAUAUUACUGGAUUGAAUGUAAAAGACAAUCUACCUCAAAGUUUGUGCUCAGAAUGUGCUCAUAGACUACUCUCUUGUCAGAAUUUUAGACGAAAAACUCUACGAUCAUUUGAACUUAUGAUGGGAAUUGUUGAUAAACAAGAAAUGAUUACAGAACAAAAAGUACAAGAUCUAAAUAAAAAAUAUAAUUUGGAAUCUAAAUUAACAACAAAAUAUUAUAAACCAGACCACUAUGACAUAUAUAUAGAAUACAAAGAAAAUACAGAAGGAACAGAAGAGAUUGAGUUAGAAAUAAAAAAUGAAAUAUUCUUAGAUGAGACUGGAUCUAUUAAGGACGAGAACUAUUCAUCUGAUGAUAGUGUACCUCUAGAAAAAAGAAGAACUAAGAAGAAAGUAGUUAAGAAGAAGAAAGAGCCGACGGAACCAAAGAUUGAUAGAAGAAGGAAACCGUUUCUGAAUGAUGAUUUAAACGAAACACUUUUUACUAUAACUGAUUUAUCUGUUGAUGAGCAAAUAGCAGAAAUAGAGAAGAGAAGAGAGUCUUCUAAUUAUAAAAAGUCUGUGUUCAAAUGUACUGCUUGUUUUAAAGGAUUUUUAGAUGAAGAUGCAUAUAAUUCUCAUAUGACUAGACAUACUGAUCAAUGCGGUGAAUACGAAUGUGAGAUCUGUAAGAUACACUUCAAACAUUCCCAUGCUUUACGUAAGCACGUCACCGCGCACCACACGCAGAGGUUUAGCUGUAACCAAUGCAAUUAUGUCACUACGCAUCGUCAGACGGCGAGACUUCACGAGAGAUGGCACAAGGGAACCAAAUACCAAUGUCCGCAUUGCCAAGAGGAGUUCCUUAAAUUUACUACAUAUAUGGGCCAUAUUCGUAUAAAACAUCCUUCGGACUUUGUAUGUGAACUUUGUGGCUAUUCCUUUGUAAGUGAGAAAGGGAUAGAACUACAUAAGAAGUUGAAACAUCGACUCGAGAGUGACAAGGUACCAGAAGACGGUCCAUUGUGUACAUCUUGUGAUGUGAGGUUUAUCUCAGAAGAGGCUUACCGGAAACAUCUGAUGGUCUCCGCAAAACAUAAUACUGGUGAUAAGGAUUCAAAUGACCCUAAUAAACCGAAAAAAGGUAGAAAGCCAAGAGGAAGGAGAGAGAUAAGAGAUAGGAGAGAUCCGAAUGAGAGGAAAAUGUACCCGAGUCAAAUGAGGAAAGUGGAAGGUCCCAUACCAUGUGAACAGUGUGGUGUGGAAUUAGAGGAUUCCCGAGCGUACCACGGCCACUUCCGGCGCAUGCACCCCGACAAGAACCGCACUAACUACCCCUCUAUGAAGUCACCUUGCAUGUGUGAAUUGUGCGGCAGAAUGUUCCAAAGUUACGCAUUACUAAAAGACCACAGUUGGGUACACACUGGGGAGCGGCCAUUCGCAUGUGAAUCUUGUGGAAAAUCGUUCAGAAUGCGACAGCGUCUCGUAGCGCACAGACGUGUGCACGCGCCGCGCAGGGAUACGUACGUGUGCGCGCUCUGCGGGAAACACUUCUCUACUCACAGUAAUAGACAGCGGCAUAUGUUUAUCCACACUGGUCUGAAGCCGUUUGCGUGUGAAAUGUGCGGAAAAUGUUUUAAGCAAGCGAGCGAGAAGCGCGCGCACGUGGCCUACGUGCAUCUAAAGAAGCCGUGGCCUAAACGAACACGCAACAAACGAACAGACAGACAGGUACAAUUACAAAGUCAACCGCUAAGUGCGAGCGAGAUGGCUAUAGUUGAGCCGGUGUGGCCGCAUUGUGAACAGAAGAACGAAGUCGACGUUAUUAAUAAGCCUAUAUACUUUAAUAUGAAAAUAUAAACAGGUGAGAGUGCGGAACAUUUAUUUGACCCGGUAGACUCGCGAUUUCUUUUAAUAUACUAGUACUAGCUGUUCCCGUGCGGCUUCAUCCGCAUGAAAUUAUGAAAAUUUUAUUUUAU